GCGGCAAGCGAGCUGUGCCGGCAUCCUUCAUCAUGGCGGCCAACAAGAUUAUGCGGGAUUCGGUGGAAGGGAUGGACGCCACGGCGAUUCAGGUCUUGGCCAAGCACCCCAUUGGCAACCCGAUCCUCCAGCUCAUCUUGGAGCUGGACUUGACACUCAACAAGGGUGAGGCCAAGGGUGAGGCCAAGGGUGAGGCCAAGGGCGAAGAUGGACAGACCAGCAAUGCCUCGCCUUCUCUCCUCCAGAAGCUCCUCCCUGGCGCCCCCAAAUCCCUGUCUGAUGGCUCUUCCGCGGCCUCCGAGUUCGUCAACGGCAUGAUAUAUGACCAGAUCGGCUCGCGCCUCAUCGAAACCCUCGUCACGCACGCGCCGGGAAAGAUCUUCAAGGCGCUCAACCAGAACAUUUUCCUUCCCAGGAUACAGGGCUACGUCCGCAACGACAUUUCGUGCUACCCUGCCAUCCGGGUACUACAGCGGCUCGGCAAAGACGAUCUCGCCAAGGCCGUCGAUCAGAUCGCGCCCACCGUUCCACAGCUGGUCUCUAAAGCAAGAUACAACGUCCUGACGACUCUCUUCGAGCGAUGCGCGGCGAGAAACAUCAACGACGAGAUCAAGAAGCUGAUCAAGGGCCUGAAAGAGGGAUGCGGCAGCCAACCCGCCGAUCUAGUCAUGACACUGUGCUCCUUGUCUGCCAGCGAAGAGGAAGAGAAGAAGAAGAAAAAGGACGUGAAUCAGCUCACCAAGAACGAAUAUGCCGUCCAAUCCCACGGCGCCAAGCUACUGACCACUCUCCUAUCCAUCUCCGGCCCAUCCAAGGCCGUCCACGAAUCCAUCCUCGCCCUGCCAUCCGACCUCGUCCUCCGCCUCGCCAACACCUCGCUGCCCACCGUCACCCUCCUCACCACCGCCAUCAACACGCCGUCUUCCAACUCCGUCUUCCAAAAGGGCCUCGUCAACACGCUCUUGCCACGCAUUCCCGACCUGGCCAUGUCCCAGUACGGCCACAACCUCGUCAACGCCAUCGCCGAGAUCCCCAGCAAGGGCAAGGACUGGAGCAUACCCCAGCACAUCAAGGACAAGGUCAUGACCGCCCUCGCGGCGCACGAAUCCCAGCUGCGAGAGUCGUGGAUGGGGCGCAGCGUCUGGAGGACGUGGAAGGGAGACAUGUGGAAGACGCGGCGCUUCGACU